UGUUCGAGCCGCGAAUUCCUCGGCCUCUGGUUCUGCUCGUUACCGACUCUCGGGUCAAUACAGUGGACCUAUCUCUCAGCAUUGGAAAACCUUGCUACAAAGAUGGUAAUAACUGCAGCCAAUGAAGAGGAUAACUCUUCAAAUGAAGAAAAGGAGAGCAAGGAGGAGACUGUUCUGGCCAUUUUAGGCAUCAUCGGGACUAUCCUCAAUCUUUUAGUCAUCAUUUUUGUGUACAUUUAUACAACAUUGUAAUCAAGGCUGACCAUGCCAGGGAAUGGAUACUAACUGCAGUUGGAGCAGGCUCUUGAUGGAACUGUUAAUGGAAUAUCAGUGUGCACAAGGCAAGUCCUCAUGUUCUUGACUAUUCAGUAUCGCUGAACUCAACAAUUGUUACAUAAGAUACAAUGUGAAUGCUAGGACUGUAUGAAACAGAGAUCCUCUUAGAAGACCGUGUUAAAUUGCCAAUGGGAAUCAGUGUAAUGUUCUUUUCCUUAAGUGUAACAUGCCAAGACAUUGAUCCAGUGAGGAAUAAUUGACAUCAGGGCGGUACUGUAACGAUAGAGGAGGGCACCAGACAAUGACUUCUACCAGAAGCUCUAACCAAGAGCACCACCGAUGAUCUUCUGGUACUUAUCCUUAGCAACACAGAACGGAGUUAGAUUUUUCUUUAUCAGUGCAAUCCUCCAACUGACUCUCUUCAACUCUGGAUCAAUUGUCUAUAGCUAAUCUCGAAGGUUUCACAUAAAAGGUGGCAUGGAUUGGCCCAGGGAAGGGAGUGAAGAACUAGAUAACGUGGAUGCAAGCAAACAUUCAGGAUGCCCACCAGUUAAGAUGGAUAUAUAUUACAGAUCCUGAGCGCCACAAUGAAUCAUCUCACUAGAUAUCUUUUCGCCGUUUGAAUAUGAUUGAAUUUGAGCCACUUCUGAACACCCAAUGUUUUCUCUGGCAUCAUCCAGAGUGAAUUUGUGAGCUUCCAGCUUCUGCGUCCCAGUCUGGAACCUUGAUCUGGCUGACAUUGUCUCAGAGGAUCCACUGGCCAGACUGUCCAACAUUGUCAUUUUACCAAUUUCCGGCUCAUUCAGUCAAUCUCACGGACCAGCCUCUCCUUGCCCACCCAACACUGAAAUCCAACCCCCUCCCCCAGUGUAAACAGCUCUGCCUUCCAUCCCCGCUGGACAGGCUCAUGUGACUCCAACAUGGACUGGUCGCAUGCCUGGGUUAGGUCAUGUGGACCUCCACCUCACCCAAGAAAUGGUCACGUGACUGACAUGUGACUCCCAGUUACAACAAGUCAGUGUGAAAUGAAAUGGAAGCACAAUUUGUAACAAACCCAAUUUUCCACUUUUUGAGCUUCAUUGCAUAUAAAACUUUACAUUCAUGCUAUUGAGGUAGGGAUUUUGUGAAACAAAGAGUAAUGUUUAAAUUUUGAGUAAUCACUCGAAAGCUCUUGGGAUUUCAAAAAGAUAUUUAAUAUUAAACCAUCUUCCUCAUAUCAUUAGUGAUCUUUAACCCUGUUCUGAGUGAAUGACUUUUCCUCUCAAAGGUAAAUGUAACUUAAAGAUAGUAGGAUCAUAAUUUAAUGUUGCUUAACUGUCUGGAAAAGCAGUCACCGACCGUUUUGUUUCAACUAUGACAAAUAAGAGUGAUUACAGUAUUUGAUCUAUCCCAGUGCCUUAAUCUUCAUUAAAAUGCUCCAACAUGCUUCAAGGGCCACACACAUGAAAAAAAGACUUAGUUGAGGUGAGACAACACAGUGUGA